AUGAAAUUGCUUAUCUAUCUGAUAUAGUUAAUGAUUUAUUGGGGAGAGUCUCAACCUACUUGGAAAGUAAUUUAUGAUAGCAAAAAUUGGGAAAGUCUAGGUACCUAAUAAGUAAAAUAAUCAUGGCAUUACUCUCAUGUUUAUGGUGGUCCAUUUAGUUAUUGUGGGGAUGCAAGGUUAUUUGGAGGAUAUUCUGUUUUUGGUAAAUCUUCCUUAGUUUCUUCAAGUCUCACGCUUCCAACUCAUAUAUCUGUAAAAAUUACUUUUGACUUUUGGAAGUAAUAUAAUUGAUGUAUUUAGAAUUGAUUCGUGGGAUAGUGAGAGUUUCUUAUACUUAUUUGACAACUAUGUGGCGUCUUAAUCAUUCGCAGGUUUCCAAGGUCUCGAUAUUUGUGGUAUUACGGGGACUAUUUAUAGAGAAUAUGUAGAAACCAUUACAACAACACUUUCACCUCAUCUUUCUUCAUCUCUUGUUUUGUUUAUGACUUCAGAUUUAAAUUCAUCGGCAGAUGAUGUAUAAUUUGUAUAAUCUUUAGGAAUCAUGGGGAUUUAACAAUUUUAAAAUAGAAAUUGAAGAAUGUCCUGAAGGUUGUACGUUUUGCCAGGACUCUACAAUUUCUUGCAAUUAAUGGAUUAAUUUUGCUUCAUAUUGGCCAAGCUCAAAUGAAUCUGAUGUAUGGUAGAUUGAUAACAAUCAACCACUUGGUUAUAGCAAAUGCGCUAGUCUUGAGAUUGCAGGGGGAAUUGAUAAACUAUUUAAAGGGCAAAGCAUAUCAAAUCUCAUUUAAAAUUUACCUACUCACUUUAAGGUUCAUAUAGUUGUCAAACUUUGGGUUAUUGGCAUAUGGAAUUAAGAAGCAUUUUAUUUAAAUAUCGAUAAUCAAUCUAAGUAUUCUACUCAAAUCUAUUCUUUGGACUCCAACUUUUAGUGUACUGAACACUAAGUAAAGAUAAUUAAUAUUGAUGUAAAUGCAUAUCAUACAUCUCAAGAAAUAGAUAUAAAAAUGAAAUCAGUGAAAAAUUUAGAAGAGAAUGCAUAUUGGGGAGUUUCGUCUUUUAACUUGUAUGUAGCUAAAUGUUCAAUUGGUUGUGAAGAAUGCAAUUGGGAUGAAGCCUAUAAAUGUAUUAGAUGUAUCAAAAAAUGGGGAUCCUUAAAUAGUGAAUGCAUACCUGGUAGAUAACGUUAUAUAUCAACUAGCUCCUCCAUUGGAAUGUUCAUUUGUUAGAAUUAAUGAUAUUUUUCGUUUAAAAACUAAUUCCAUCAACCUAUUCGAACUGACAAUAAAUGAAUUAGAUUUGGUUAUGACUGAAAUUGGAUAAAAACAAUUAUUCGUAGAUGACAUCAUUUCCAAUAUUUCUAUAUAAGUUUAGGUUUAAUGCUAAUAAAAUAUGGAAAUUUCAAGUUUUUUUAGAAAUUGUAAUGAGUGUUAAAGUGAAGAAUAUUCAUUUAUUAAUUAAUGUACCUCUCAAAGUAAUAUCUUAAUUUAUAAUGCAAUAUUUAUCUAAGUUGUUGAAUCUGAAAAAGAAUUAUUAAUCACGAUGUCUUAACAGAAAAUAGAAAUUAUUUAAGUAUCAAUAAUUAAUGAUGUUGAAACAUAAGUAUCAAUAUUGAAAAUAGAAAUCUGA